GCCCCUAAUAUCUUAUAGAAGAAGAUAAAGGUACGAUGACGGUUCCUGAUAGAGUUGUUGCUUCAUGUGCUUGUAAAGGUGUCCGGCGCUGUCUUCUGUGUGAGAAUUCUAAAGAAAAUCACUUUCCAGAAGAGAAGAUCCUACAUAUUUACUCGUACAACCCCGAGACAAAGCUCGCUGUUCGCAAAGAUGGCAAACCCGCAUCAUUUCCCUUUCCCGGGGUGUUCCUGUGGGAGGACUUCCUAUCAGAGGAGGAGGAAGAGGAGCUAAUCAGCAGCAUGGACAAAGACACCUGGAAUCUGUCCCAAUCAGGUCGAAAGAAACAGGAUUUUGGCCCAAAAGUGAACUUCAAGAAGAGAAAAGUGCGUCCCGCCAAUUUCAGUGGACUUCCUGCAUUGAGUAAAAAACUAGUGCUGCGAAUGCAACAAGAAAAAAGUCUAGCAGGCUUCCAGCCUGUGGAGCAAUGCAAUCUGGACUACCACCCUCAGCGAGGCUCUGCUAUUGACCCUCACCUGGACGACUCCUGGCUGUGGGGGGAGCGCCUGGUCACUGUCAACAUGCUGUCGGACACAACGCUGACCAUGUCGUUGGAACAGGGUCUCCAGCAGCUUGGACUCUUGGGAGAAGUGAACGUAGAGGUGGCACUGCCGCGCAGGUCUUUAGUAGUGUUGUACGGAGAGGCACGGCAUCGCUGGAAACACGGCAUUCUCCGGAAGGAUGUUCAGGAGCGCAGAGUUUGCAGCACCUACAGGGAGCUCUCGGCCGAGUUCCUCCCCGGUGGGCAGCACGGUGAUCUGGGAGCUCACCUUCUCAAUAUUGCUGCCAGUUUCAAUGGAGCUCCUAUUUAGACCUUUCAGAUAACUCUCCUGAUUUUCAGAUUUUUUUUUUUUUUUAAUGUCACUGUUCUGUACAAACAGCACCAAGGAAGGGACGAAGUUGACUCAGCAUAUCUUUCCACAAAUAAUAUUAUUCCGAAUUCAGCACUGAUGCAAAUUUUGUGCAUGUACAAUUGAUUACCAUUUCACUGACAUAUUUUUUUUGAAGAACUAGAGUGCCGGUUCCCUUGUUAAAGUUACAUUAUAUUUUAACAUAAUAGCAGUUCUCAUUUAAAUAAAGGAACCAAAAGAAUAAAGUUUGGGUCAUUAAAUGGAAUUUGUCUUUUA